GAGGAGCCGAAGUCCUUUCUGAGACAUGUUGGCGUACGUAGCACCAGCAGUUCUGGAUCUCGCAAAGCUGGCGCUUGAAUGGGCAGAGGCGGAGUGGGGCCCAGAGGCGGUGGGCACUCUGGUGGCCGCAGACCACCUGGGCCGCGUGCUCAGCAAGGAGGGCGCCCUGGGGGAAGCGGAGCCGCUGCUGCGGCGGGCGGUCAAAGGACUGGAGGAGGCGUUGGGUGAGCACACGGAGACACAGAUCGCCAGAAGCAACCUGGGGAUGCUGCUGAACAGCCGCAGCGACCCGGAGGCGGAGGAGCAUUGCCGACGCGCCUGGGAGGGCAGCCAAAGAUUGCUUGGCCCGGACCACGCAGAGACGCUGGUCUUCGGGAUGAACCUUGCAGUGGUGCUGCGAGAGCUGAGCCGUCCAGAGGAGGCGGCGCCUUUGCUGCGCAGAGCGCUGCAGGGCUUGGAUGAAGCCAAGGGCUCCCAGCAUCCAGACACGCUCGCGGCGGCGAGCCACUUGAGCGGCCUGCUGCUGCACUUGCGUGAAGAUCUGGGGGUGGCGGAGCCUCUGGCCCGCCGCGCCUGGGAGGGCAGCCUUCGCCACUUCGGGCCCGAGCACGUGCGCUCGCUCUGCGCCAGUGCAGACCUGGGGCUGUUGCUAUUGGCCAGGCACCGGCCCAAGGAGGGCGAGCCCUUGCUGCGCUGUGCCCUGGAGGGUUUCCAAAAGCAGCUGGGGGAGAGCCAUCCGCAGGCCCUGUCCACGGCGGCGGACCUCGGCGCCGCGCUCUUCUCCGCGGGGCGGAAGGAGGAGGCCUGCAUCCCGCUGCGCGCGGCCCACGCGGGCCGGAAGCGGCUGCUGGGCCCGAGCCACUUGCGGACUCUGGCGUCGGCGCACAAUCUGGGGGUGGCGCUGGCCGACUUGCACCAGGUGGACGAGGCGAAGAAGCUCUUGCAGGAGGCCUGGGAGGGCCGUGCCCUGCGCUUGGGGCCGCCGCACCCGCGGGCGGUGUCCAGCGCCAAGCGCCUGGCGGUUCUGCUGCAGGGAGCGGACGAGGAUGCUCUGGCCGCUAAAGCCUUGCGCAGCAUUUGGGAGGGGGAGUCCAGCAACCUGGGCCCGGCGCAUCCGAAGGCGGUGGAGGCAGCGCGGAGGCUGGCGCAAUGGCUGGCGAGGCGCCACCUGCUGCACGAGGCAGAGGCGGUGCUGGCGCACGCCCUGGCCAACGCGGAGGCUGAGGAGGCGGAUGCAGAAAGCACCUCCGCCGGCGCCAGUGAGGAUGAGCGGGACAACGAGCGUGCAGCCCAGCUUCUGCAGUCCGCGCUGCUGGGGCCCAGCUUCUCCCCGGCCAGCUGCCUGGCGAAGUUGGCGGCCGCCAAGCGCCGGCCCCACGCGGCCCGGGUGCUGCGCGCGGACCUCCAGGACCUGCAGGAUCGCCCCUUGGCCAGCAAUGCGGCGAGAUCCGGCCUCGCGUGA